ACGUGACGCGCGUUCCCCCGCAGAGGAGCGCGUACGCCCCUGACGCCCCCCAAACAUACGCACUUUCCGCGCUCGUUCGCGCUGCUCUUGACGCUCGUCGGUCGGUUGGCGCGGAGCGACGAUGUGGAUCCAGAUCCGCACGAUUGACGGAAAAGAGACGCGGACGGUGGAGGAUCUGUCGCGCCUCACGAAGAUCGAGUCGCUGCGCGUCAAGAUCCGCGACAUCUUCAACGUCAAGCCCGAGCAGCAGAGGCUCUUCUACCGAGGAAAACAGAUGGAAGAUGGCCAGACACUCUUCGAUUACAACGUUGGUCUUAAUGACAUCGUCCAGCUGCUCAUUCGCUCGCAGACCGACCCCCCGGACAGCCCCUCCCUCAACAACGGCGAGGGCGUGGCCUGUGAUGUAGCCCCACCCACCACAGCAUCUGUCCCCACCUCAGCCACACCCACCACAACAGUCGUUUCCCCAGCAACUGUCGCCAACAGCAACGGAAACGGGUCCAAACCCUGUAGUCCGGCUCCAGAGAGCCAGCCGUCCACCUCCAGCCGGACGCUCCUCAUCGAUCCCGGGAUCGGACUCUUCAGAGUGAAUGAGUUGGUGGACUGCAGGGACGUCAGCAUUGGAGCAUGGUUCGAAGGCGUGAUUGAGAAGGUCUCUCCGGCCUCUAAAGGGCAGAACGGCCGAGCGGGAACAGCGCCCCCUGUGGCCAGGGUGGGACGACCCAGCAAACGCAGUCACUGCAAGCUGGAGACGGAGACGAGUGCCGCCCCUUCAUCAUCAUCAUCAUCAGCAUCCAGUCACAGCACAGCACUAAACUCGGCCAGCAGCGAACCGUCGACAUCCAAACCGGAUCCGGUGCACGUCUCCUACCACAUUAAAUAUGAAGAUUAUCCGGAGAACGGCGUGGUGGAGAUGAGCGCAGAUAACGUUCGCCCGAGGGCCAGGACUGUGCUGCGCUUCGACCAGCUGCAGGUGGGUGACCGGGUGAUGGUCAACUAUAACCUGGAGAAUCCCGAGGAGCGAGGCUUCUGGUACGACGCCGAGAUCACGAGCCUCAACGCCGUCUCACGCACCAACAAAGAGAUCCGCGUCAGGAUCCUGCUCGGAGGUCCGGGUGAUGUGAUUGGUGACUGUAAGCUGCAGUUUCUGGAUGAGGUUUACAGGAUCGAGAAACCCGGAGCGCCGGGACUGUGUGCGGCCGACGGCCCGUUCAAACGUAAGACGGGUCCGGAGUGUAAGCACUGUAAAGCGGACCCGGACGCUGAGUGUCGUUUCUGCUCGUGUUGUGUGUGUGGAGGGAAGCAGGACGCUCACAUGCAGCUGCUGUGUGACGAGUGUAACAUGGCCUUCCACAUCUACUGCCUGACCCCUCCGCUGACCGCCAUCCCAGAGGACGAGGACUGGUACUGUCCCACCUGUAAGAACGACAGCAGCGAGGUGGUCAAAGCUGGAGAGAAACUCAGAACCAGCAAGAAGAAGUCUAAGAUGCCUUCAGCCACUACAGAGAGCCAGAGAGACUGGGGCAAGGGGAUGGCGUGUGUGGGCCGCACUAAAGAGUGCACAAUCGUCCCCUCCAAUCACUACGGCCCUGUUCCCGGCGUUCCCGUGGGAACCACCUGGAAGUUCCGUGUUCAGGUGAGCGAGGCGGGCGUACACAGGCCUCACGUCGGAGGGAUUCACGGACGCAGUAACGAUGGCUCAUACUCGCUGGUGCUCGCUGGAGGAUUCGAGGAUGAAGUUGACCGGGGUGAUGAGUUCACCUACACCGGCAGCGGAGGUCGCGACCUCUCAGGAAACAAGCGUAUCGGAGAGCACUCGUUCGAUCAGACGCUCACACACAUGAACAGGGCUCUGGCACUCAACUGUGACGCGCCUCUGAAUGACAAGGACGGGGCGGAGUCUCGCAACUGGAGGGCGGGAAAACCAGUGAGAGUGAUUCGCAGCUCGAAGGGCCGACGGAUCAGCAAAUACGCACCGGAGGAGGGAAACCGCUACGACGGCAUUUACAAGGUGGUGAAGUACUGGCCAGAGAUCGGGAAGUGUGGAUUCCUGGUGUGGAGAUACCUGCUGCGGCGGGACGACCUGGAGCCGGCACCCUGGACUCCGGAAGGGAUCGAGCGCAGCAAGAAACUCUGCCUCAAAGUCCAGUAUCCUCCUGGGUAUCUGGAGGCCAUGGCCAAUAAGACGAAGCGCGAGGCGACGGUGCGGUCGGUGGGCGGCUCGAAGCGCGGCAGGAAGAGAGGACGACCCCGAACCACACGACCGUCCAAGAGAGUCGAGGAGGAGGAGGAGGAGAAACCAGCGGAGCACACGGAGGAAGAGCUUCAGAGCAACGGCAGCGCAGACGCUCACGAGGAAGAGAACACAGGUGUGCGUGAGCCGCAGGAGGAGCUGCAGGUCAAGCGUCGGAAGGAAGUCGAGUCGUUCGCUCUCUCAGAGCAGCAGCGGAGUCUGAUACAGGACGACGAACCCAACAGGAAGCUGUGGGACGAAGCGCUGAGCUUCCUGUCGGAGGGACCGAACUUCCUGCGGAAGGUGGAGCAGCUGUUCAUGUGUGUUUGCUGUCAGGAGCUGUCCUUCCAACCCAUCACCACCGAGUGUUCACACAACGUCUGCAAGACGUGUCUGCAGCGCUCGUUCCGAGCCGAGGUCUUCUCUUGUCCCGCCUGUCGUCAUGAUCUGGGCAAAGACUACACCAUGAGCCUCAACAAAACCCUUCAGCUGCUCCUGGAUCAGUUCUUCCCCGGAUACAGCAAAGGACGAUGAAUCUGAUCCAUAACAAAUGGACAAAGAUCUGCUCUCCGCACAAGCGUCUUACACACACACACACACACACACACACCAGUCUGACAUCUGUGUUCACGACCACAAACCCCACAGAUGCUGGGACUCGAACCCUGACACAUCAUGAACAUCAGCCUCUGGAUCAUCAGUGACAACAAACUCAAAUUAAUGAGAAUCAAACCCUGUCAAAAACACGUCCAAUUCAUUUCACUCCCCCCUCCAAAAAUAAUAUAUAUAUAUAUGUAUAAAUUGUUAAUAAUUCACAUGAUUAUUUCAUAUAAAUAAAUUAAAAUAAUAAUUUAAUUUAUAAUCAUUUAAUUAUAACUAUGUAGUUAAAUAUUUAUUAAACAAAUAAUUAUAAAAUAAUUAUAUUUUGCACAAAAUAAGCCUAUUUAUAUGAUAAUUUGCAUUGUGGCACACUUAAACACAUUUUAUCCCAAAUUCUUGUGAAUUUUUCCAGAUGUUUUAGUUUUUAGUUAUUUUUUAUUUCUCUUUAGUUUCAAUGAUUUUCAAGUCUAAAUAUUGUU